AUGCCUUCAAAAAAAACAACUUCUAAAGAAAAUCUUUCCCAGCAACAAAUUUCAAUCAAUGUUGGCCGAGAUGAUGGUUUGACGUCAAACGACAACAAUGUAUCUUCUGCUGGACAGGAUGUGACCUCAACAAAUAGCAUAAAUAAUAUGAUAAAUUCUGAUACGAAUAAAACUAUCAUAAUAGGGCAGGAUACCCCUAAUAAAAUUCGUAGUAAUGAUGAAAAAUCGGAGAAAUCUGAGAAAUCUGAGAAAUCCUCGGUAAAAACCGCGUCUCGCUCUAAAUCAAAUAUUACUCAAUCUUCAAAUAAGUCGAAUUCGACUUCGGCUAAUACAAAACAAGUUAGCUCUACAAAAGAAAAACAAAAACCAAAUCCAAUUAUUACUACUAUUCGUGCAAAAUCUGAUUCUGACAAGAAAAAAGUUACGCCUACUCCUAAAACUAAGAAUGUAAAUUCUCGAAAACAAAAUAAUGAAGUAAUCAUAGACGAUGAUUCUUCUGAAACUGAUAAUAAUUCGUCAAAUAAAAAACGUUCGAUACCGCCGAAAUUGAACCUUGCUUUCAAAAAUCGUCCUAUUGAUCCUCCAAAACAGUCUCCUUUAAGAUCUACCAUUACUUCUGAUUCAUUGGCAAAACCUCCUCUUAUAUCUCCUAAAAUAAUGGAAUUACGUCGCUCUGAAUCUUUUACUUCAAAGCCUAAUAAUAAUACUGAUGAGAAUACUAACUCUAUCACCGAAAAUCCUAAAAAAAAAUCCACAAAACAACCAACUUUCUCUUCUAAAGUCCGCCGUGGCUCCACUGUAAGAACUCAAGCUAAAAAGACUACUUCUGCUUUGGGCGUCUUACCUAAAGGUGAACUUAAUCAAGAAUUACUUGCAAGAUUGGAAGAGCGAAAUUCUCAACUGCCUCCGCAGGAUUCUACUGAAUUUCUUCUUGCUCGUCUUGAACGUCAAAAUGAAAUGUUGGAUAACGAUCCUAAAUCAGUUUGCAUUAAAUAUAAUGUCCUUCAAGCCGAUUUGGAAACUGUUCAAUCCCUUAUCAAUAAUAAUAUGAAUUUAUCUGUAAAGGAUGCUUCAAAUGAAAUAAUUCGUAAUUUUGAAAAUGAAAACCUUUCUGAUAUAGUUGAUUUGGAUUUUUGGACUGCUUUAAUUCAAGAUUAUACUUCUGUGGCUGCAAAACUUCCUCAUCUUCUUUCUGCUAAAUUACAACAAGGUUUACCUUCAAAAUUAAGAGGUUUAAUUUGGCAAUCAAUGUCUCAAGCUUCUUCAACUUAUCUCGAAACAAUGUAUUCUCAACUUUUAUCGGAAUCUUCUCCUUAUGAUAAGAUAAUUCAACGUGAUUUAGCUAGAACUUUUCCUACUAUAGAAAUGUUUAAGGAGGAAAAUGGCGAAGGCUUAUAG